CUUUCAACCUCGAUCGACGCGUCAGUGCAGGUUCGAUUUCCCUGACCGCUGGAUCGUCGCUAGCCGCGCUGUCACUGGAGCUCAGUCAGUUUGUCUUUCGUAUCUGUGCAGGCACGAACAGUAUUUGUCAUGUCUGCUUCGCCCGUUUUGGCGAAGAUAUUCGUAUCUUUUGGUAACGCGAAAUUUGAAAAAAGAUAUCUUCCUAACCACGGUGCAGUCUUCCAUCCUGCACCAUGCAAUCGUUAACAUUUAAUUCGGCAAUUGCAUCAGACGCGCGCUCCGAGUGAAUGAAAGUGAUAGUGUUUGUGUUAUUGUUUUAAACAAUCUUUAUAUUUAUGAAAUUAUACAAGUUUUUCACGCCGAUCACCUUAUCAGCAGCAGACGGCGCGAAAAGAUUCUGUUAAAGACAGAGCCGGAAGUUAUACGGAGAUUCCUAUGCAGCAACGUCUACCUCCAAUGGCCUCGUGUAUUCGGCCCCGACUGAUACUUGCAAUUGACACUGCCAUUGCAAUGUUUGUCAUCAUGACGAUAGCUUUGAUAGAGAUCGGUGUGUAUCCAAGUCAACAGAAGGGAUUCUGGUGCACAGACCCCAGCAUUUCGUACAAAUUUCGAGGCGACACCAUAACUCCUAUGAUGCUGGCCAUCCUGACACUGAUUUCACCACUUGUGAUAAUGUUCUGCGUUGAGCACUGGGCCGUUAUAGGCAGUGGCAGCGCCUGGAAGCAUAUAAAGAUGGCCUCGAAACGUAUGAUGCGUUGGUACAAGGAAUACGUUACGGGAUUGUUUUUGGCCCUGUUCAUAAUCGAAGUCAUGAAAGCGAUCAUCGGAGAACCGAGACCGCAUUUUCUAGACUCGUGCAGGCCCGAACCAGGACUCAACUGUACGCAGAGGGUAUACAUAACAAAUUACAAAUGUACUAACACUGCCAUCACCACGUGGAACGUCAGAGAAUCGACGAGAUCAUUUCCAUCAGGUCAUUCCGGUUUGAGCUGCUACACAUCACUCUUUAUGGUGUUCUACUUGCAUUAUCGCGCUCGUCAAUAUCUGGGAUCCCGUUUUGCGACUCCCUUCGUACAGGCAUUGUACCUUUGCUAUGCGAUCGCUUGCAGCGUGACCCGCAUCACCGAUCACCGUCAUCACUGGUGGGACGUCAUCGUAGGAGCAGGAAUAGGAAUUGCUGGCGCAGUAUUUACAGUACAAUGCUUUUGCCAGUAUUUCAAGUCUCAAUGGUCGGAAUCUAAGGAACCUACUCCAGUGAAAUUCGGCACACUGGUCGGCUUGGACGGAAUAGCUUUGCCAACAUUACCAAACGGAAACGACAGAACACGACACCAGAGUGCGAGGCGGUUGCUUUCGGAUAUCAGCCAAACGGAAACCACUACAGUACCAGGCCAUCAGCUUGCCUAACGGUGUGAUAAUUUGUGUGUUAAAUAUUGAGUUAGAAGACAGAAAAAAACGUGUUUGCGAUAUUUUUCCUGCAAGAUAAACAAGUUUAAAGACAAUUUUAUGUGAUGCGAUCAUUGUGAAUUUAUAAUUAAAAUUCAUAAAUUCUGACGAUUCUGGCAACUUUCGGAUCAAAGUGUGUGACUAGAUGUGCAAAGGAAGUGAUUUUCAUGGCUUUUAUUCCAUUUUAUUGUUUGGCCUUUUUUAGCACUAAUCUUCUGUUCAGACUAUAACAUCAUUUAGUACAUAAAUUAAAUGGAAGAAUCAUAAUGUAAAGCUCAUGAUUACAUUAUAAAGUAGUUAAUAAUUGAAUUAAUAUAAUGUAUCACUUUUCUUAACAUUUUAAAAUAAGGCCAAGUUUUCUAAAUCUAACCAUGGUCAAUAAAAUAAGACAAUAAUGCAACUAAAAUGUCAAUAUAUAAUUCGAUAUUUUAGAAUAAUUUAUUAAAAAAAACUAUUAUAAGAUACGAUAUAAUAUUAUUAUGCAAAUUUUUAAUUAU